AUGAUGUCCUUUUGCCACAAUAUAAUUAAUAUCUCCUGUGUGAAAACCAGCUGGUCGAAUGACGUCCGUGCUUCCCUGUACAGUUUAAUGGUGCUCAUAAUUCUGACCACAGUGGUUGGCAAUCUAAUAGUUAUUAUUUCUAUAUCACACUUCAAGCAACUUCAUACCCCAACUAAUUGGCUCAUUCAUUCCAUGGCCACUGUGGACUUUCUGCUGGGGUGCCUGGUCAUGCCUUAUAGUAUGGUGAGAUCCGUUGAGCACUGCUGGUAUUUUGGAGAAGUCUUCUGUAAAAUUCACACCAGCACUGAUAUUAUGCUGAGCUCAGCAUCAAUUUUUCAUUUGUCCUUCAUUUCCAUUGACCGCUACUAUGCUGUGUGUGACCCAUUGAGAUACAAAACUAAGAUCAACAUCUUGGUUAUUUUUGUGAUGAUCUUCAUUAGUUGGAGUAUUCCUGCUCUUUUUGCAUUUGGAAUGAUCUUUCUGGAGCUAAACUUCAAAGGAGCUGAGGAGAUGUAUUACAAACACAUUCACUGCAUAGGGAGUUGCUCUGUCUUCUUCAGCAAAACAUCUGGGGUUCUGGCCUUUAUGACUUCUUUCUAUAUACCUGGCUCUAUUAUGAUAUGCAUCUAUUGUAGAAUAUAUUUCAUAGCGAAAGGGCAGGCAAGAUCAAUUAAUGAUGCAAAUCAGAAGUUUCGAAUUGGGUUGGAAGAGAAAAAUGGAAUUUCACGAAGCAAAGAAAGGAAAGCUACGAAGACUUUAGGGAUUGUGAUGGGAGUUUUCUUAACAUGCUGGUGUCCUUUCUUUGUCUGCACAGUCAUGGAUCCUUUCCUGGACUAUACUAUUCCACCCAUCCUGAAUGAUGCAUUGAUUUGGUUUGGCUACUUGAAUUCCACUUUAAAUCCAAUGGUUUAUGCAUUUUUCUAUCCCUGGUUCAGAAGAGCACUGAAGAUGAUUCUGUUUGGUAAAAUUUUCCAAAAAGAUUCAUCUAGAUGUAAAUUAUUUUUAGAAUUAAAUCCAUAG